AUGGCGAGCACCAGCGACCUCGGCUUCCCCGCCAAGAAACGUGUCACGACUUAUGGGAAAGGCGCAAGGAGAAAGGCGCAACCAGCAAGCGGCGACACCCCCAGCAAUGGAGGCUCGACGACAGAAUCGUCAUCAGCGCCAGCCAUCGCCAGGCGGCCAGGGGGCGGCCGGCCUAUGAAGCCCAGAGUCGUGUCAGAAGCGCAAAGCCGGCCACUCCUAGACAUUUACGGCUUUGACGGGUCUGACGAGGAAGAGAUGAGCGCAAAGAGGCGCAAAUUGGCGCAAACAUUCUCGGAAAAGAAGGAGAAAUCUACUGCGCUGUAUUCAACGCCGGACUCGUCGCCUUCGGGCGCGCCGUCGCUGGUGCGCAGAACUAACGGUGAUAUACCGCGAUCGGCUCCAGAAGAAAAGGCCCCACCGGCGGUGAAGGACACGCUAGAGAAGGAUACGAAAAUGAGGGACGUGGCUUCGCGACAGAUGCCAUUCUCAGCAAAGACCUCGAGGGCUUUGGAUAAUCUCAGCAUUGGCUCCAAACGCGUGGAAAAGGCCAAUGACCAGAUCCCAAUCCGCCUCUCCCAUAUCUCUGCGCCUGCGCCUGCGCGGGCGCCUGUAUCUACGUCCUCGUCUCAACCAAUUCCCAGGAAAAGGCCCUCACCACAGGCCGCUCCCAGAACAAAGACAUCCACAGUUGGGGCUCCUCGGAAAAAGCGGCUGAUCGAUGCACUGGCUGCGCAGGCGGCUGACAGUUCCAUGGACGAAGAGGAGAAACCACUACCUGGGGAAUCCAAUGUUUUGAGAUAUAGGGAGUCCCCUCCCUUUCGGAGCCCGAGCCCUCCGUCGCUCUCUAGUCUGUCUAAGCCAAAUAAUCCGGUGCGGCCAGUAAUGGCAACCAAGAAGGCCGGACCAAAAUUCACUUACAGCAGCCAGCAACGAACCAUGUUGGCUGACGAGGAUCAGUUGCUUGGCGGCGGCGGCGGACUAGGUGGUCUGGGUGGGAUUGAUGAAGAGCCAUCCACUGCCGGGCUGUUUAGUCUGGGGCGCCUAACCAAGAGCUCCACGAUCAACACAUUCUCUUUCCUCGACGAGGAUGAUGAAACGGUCAACACCGGGGCAGUCAGAAGCAUUCACGAACUGAGGCAGGCCGGCGCGAACAGUCGGUUUGCCGAUGAGAUGGAUGAUAUUAUGGACAGAGUUGGCGCACCUUCAGCUAAGCCUUCGUCUUUGAGAAGAGGAGCUUUGCUGGAGCUGGCGCAGAAGGUUAAGGACAAGGAUUUCCGUCUCCAAUUCCGCAACCAUAGCGGCGAUGGGGGACUUUUCAAGUCCCUGGGAGAGGAGGCCGAUCUAGUCUCUGGAUACUGCAUCUCGGCCAUUCUCGUCACCCUUUUUGCCACAUCCGUGUCGGCGCAUCUUGUUCAGCAGGUGAGAGCUCAAGGCUUGGCUACGCUCCUUUGCCGACUUCUUGCAGAGACCACGGACAUCACUGUGCUCGCCAAGGACAGAAAACAAAAUGUCUCCAGAAAUGGCCAAGCUACCUUAGGAACGAUAAAAUUAUCUGUGCUGAAAUUGCCGAUAUGGGAGCCCCUAGCGCCCACAGAUCUGUCGCCGCGGACAUUAGCUUUGAAGUGUUUAGACUUGAUUAUGCGGCAGCCGCACCACGCGGCGGGCGAAGCCGAGGUCUUCACAUCAUCGGUCACCAACAAGCUAUUUUCUAUUCUAUCCGCGGGCGCAUCACACGAGGCGUGCUGGGAUUUCCCCAAUAAGCCAGAGUCUAGCGAUUUCUAUCUCGCGCUCUACGUGCUUGAAGGCCAUUCGAUCAACGUCAUGCAGUCGCGUCUCGGUUCAAGGUGGACGCGAGAUUUUGCGCCCAUCAUUGCCGAUGUGCUGGAGACAGCUCUGCGCCGCCCGGCGGAAAAGUUUGGCGAUGUUGAGAAUCUCGCGUUGAGGCUGACUCUAAAUACGACAAACAACAACUCGGAGGCGUCGGGCUUAUUUGUUAACAAGGGUUUGUUCCGUGAACUCGCUGCCUCGGCUUGCAGUGCAUUUGAGAUGGUUCUCAACUCGAUGAAAGUCGAUGCGUUCUUGUCUAAGGUCCAUGAGUCGCUGAUUAUGAUGUUGGGAGUUAUGAUCAAUUUUUGCGUAUAUUAUCCGCCUGCGUCGCAGAGCCUUGAAGAGAGUGGGGAUGCCACGAGCUCGGCUCUAAAUCGCCUAAUCCGAGUGUUCGCGGACAACCACUCAAAAACAUCGGAUGCCGACUCAAUGGAGAAAACACAGCUCAACGUCGCCUUGGGCUAUCUCUCGAUCCUGCUGGGCUACCUAUGCCUCGGCGAGUCGAUCAGGGAAAGAUUUGCUUUAGUUCAUCCCAAGAAAAGCUUCCAGCCAUUACUUGAUUCGAUCAACGAGUUUAUUGCCUUUCAUCACAAAGUUGCCGAGCAGACCAAUGAAGAGGGGGCUAAGCAAGACUCUGACUUCACAGGAUUGGCCCGACUACAGGGGCUGGUUGAUCAACUUGAGGCUCGUCGCUUUUAG